AUAUAACUUUAGUAUAACAUUACACUGGAUUUUCUUGAUUCCAAUAUUAGCAUGACUCAUUUUUUUUAAAAAAAUUAUUAAUGCAUAAAAUAGUUGGACGUAAAGAUUUGAACUUUCAAUCUCAAGUAAAAGAGUACAUGGCAGUAUAAUAACAAAUGUGAAUACAGUUCUAACUAGUUUAGACAUUAGGGUGUAUUUGAGGCAAUGACUAUUCUAACGAUUCUAAUACUAUAAUAAUCACAUCUCGCUACAAUAAAUAUUAUUUCGUAUUUUCCAAUCAGCUACUGUCAACACUAUUUCAAAAUCUCAAUUUGCUAUCGUAUUUACUAUUUGCUACAUUUUUUACUAUUCUACAUUCAUCAUUGUUUUAUUCUUUAUUACAAUGUUUACUAUUUCUUUCUCAAACAAAUAGUCUACACCUCAAAAUGCAUACUAUUAUACUCAAACUAAAAUAAUCUACAUCCAAACACAAACUAUUAUAACUCAACUAUAAUAAUCAACCUCUUGCCCAAAAUGUUUCCUAUAUUGUUUAGUUAUUUGGACAAAGGUUUGAAUUCUGUUCUAGUCGUGCUUCAAAAGUACGAAGACGAAACUAAUAUGAGUAUAACUCAACGGCAUAUAAUUACUUUCCAUCUUAGGUCGAUUCUCCACCUCUACAUAUUAUAAUAUAUAUAUAUAUAUAUAUAUAUGAAAGACAAAAAUGGAAACAAAUAUUUGAUAGUAAAAUAAACAAAAUUGGAGAAUACAUUUCAAUUACACACACAUGCCAAAAAAGAUUUAAACCUAAUUAAAAUAAUGAAAAUAAAUUAUUAUUUAUCCCUAUAUCUGGUUCCACGAAAUUUCGACGUUUUACCGUAAUAAUAAGAAGUCCGCCACCAGUAUCCCUCGCUGCUUCAUCCCCAUUACUUGUUUUGACCAAACAACAAUCACUCCGCCAUCUCUCUCCUUCUCUUUCUCUAUCUAGGGCGGUCUUUCGACCGUCGCCGGUGAUCGGAAACUGCAGUUCCUUCGCAAUUUCAAUUGGGUUCGUGUAGAUUCUUCGAGUUACGGAACGAAUUUCUUCACCGUCGUUGUCAACUUUGUCCGAGGAUUCCGUGUUUUGAUUUCUUCAGUCUGUGAUUGAGGUGUUCUUUGAUGUCAACCGUGUCGUCUUCGAUGGGAUUGUGUGAUGAGGGGGAUUGGCCACCAGGGUUUCGGUUUCACCCGACGGAUGAGGAGCUGAUUCUGUAUUACCUGAAGUUCAAGAUCUGUAAACGCAAAUUGAAGCUCGAUAUCAUCCGCGAGAUCGAUGUUUACAAGUGGGAACCCGAGGAAUUGCCUGGUCAAUCUAAGUUAAAAACUGGUGAUAGACAAUGGUUCUUUUUCAGUCCUAGGGAACGUAGGUACCCAAAUGCAUCAAGAUUGAGUAGAGCUACAAGGCAUGGCUACUGGAAGGCCACGGGAAAAGAUCGAAUAAUACAGUGCAAUUCACGUAAUGUUGGAGUGAAGAAAACCUUGGUGUUCUAUCAAGGUCGUGCGCCUAAUGGUGAGCGUACCGACUGGGUUAUGCACGAGUAUACCUUGGAUGAAGAUGAGCUUAAGAGGUGUAAGAAUGUGAAGGAUUACUAUGCGCUCUACAAACUUUACAAGAAAAGUGGACCUGGGCCGAAAAAUGGUGAGCAAUAUGGAGCACCAUUUAGAGAAGAAGAUUGGGUUGAUGAUGCUGAUUGUCAGGAGCCACAUGUGAAAGUAAUUGAUGAGGUUGAUUCUGUAGUUCGUGAAAAAGAGAAUGGUCAAAUUCAGCUUUCAUCAGAUGAUAUCGAGGAGCUUAUGAAACAAAUUGUAAAUGAUCCUUUGCUAGAGUUGCCAUCAGUCAGUGGUUAUCAUCAAUUUGACUCUACUGUGCAGGUUGAUGAUAAAGAAGAAACUGCAAGUACUAUGAUCGAUUCUUACUCUCGGGAUCACAUACUUCCUGAAGCAGAUAAAGUAUAUCACUUAAGUGACCAGCCACGUGAUUUGCAUGCAAGCUUUGACUUUACCCAGUCCGAUAUCUCUCAGUUGCAGUCAUUUGAAGGCGAGGUAUCGUCAGCUUCUAAAUAUUGCGAGGAAGAAGAAGAUUUUUUGGAGAUCAAUGAUCUUAUUGGUCCUGAACCAACUCCUGUGGCAAAUGUCAACCCCUUGGGAGAUGUACCACCUUCAGAAUUGGAUGGAUUGAGCGAGUUUGACCUGUUCCAUGAUGCAAAUAUGUUUCUUCGCGACUUGGGACCCAUCGUCCCCGUAACAGUAUUAGAUCCAUAUUCGAAUGCUGUCGAUACUGAUGUUGCAAACAAUUUGAAUGGCAAUUUGCAAUAUGAUCCCUAUCAACAAAAUCAGAUGAACAAUGGAUUCUGGAAGAACAACGAGACAGAAAAUGCCUUUAGCUUCCCUGAGUCGCAUGGACAGUUUAUUACUCAGUCAACUUUAGGUGUGGGAUAUGAAUCUGUAAGUUCUGCAGCAGCAGGAACAAGGGAGAACCAAAAUGCAAAUGAUGGAGGCGGUUCUGCAAGUUGGUUCUCUUCCAAUUUGUGGGCCUUCGUGGAGUCAAUACCGACCACUCCCGCAUCAGCUUCAGAGAAUGUCAACCGUGCUUUUGAGCGGAUGUCUAGCUUUAGCAGAUUGAGACUAAAUACCCUGAACACUCUUAACACCAAUGUCGCUGCUCGUAAUCCCGAGACCGGUGCAAGGAGGAGAACGGGUAUGAAUAAAGGAUUCUUUUUAUUUUCAAUUCUUGGAGUAUUGUGUGCCAUUCUAUGGGUGUUGAUAGGAAAUGUUAGAUUAUGGGGUAAUUGCAUUACUUCAUGAACCCAUUUCAUGAAAGUUCUUCUAUCUUCUUUUAUACCUUUGUUAUAUGCAUAUCUUAAAAGUUCCAAUAUUCAUGGAAUCUUCCACUUCAUGGAAGCUGAUUAUUGGAUGUAAAGCAAUCCCAGUUAUCGCUGAUUAUAGAUGAGAGUUCUAUAAAAUCUAGUUUGAUUUCGAUUUACAAGUCUA